UAGAAAAUAAAUUGGUUAUCAAAAUUGACCAAGUUGGUGAUCGAGUUCCAAAGUUUUCCGUUGCAGAUGAUAUUUCUGAAGUAUAUGGAAGAUAUGAAAACAACUGUUGGAAAGAUAUUCUCAAAGGAUUGUUAAUUGCUAUAUCAUCAGACCCUAGCAAGUGUAGCUACCAUAUUUUAUAUGCUCCAGCUCUUUUUAUUGAUUAUCACGAACUCAAAGCAUUUACUGAAUUAGUAUAUAUCAUAACUAGUGAAAAAGUCGGCAAGUAUAUUGAUAGAGGAUUGCCUGAUCAAAAUUUUAUCCUUCGCCUAAUUGGUUCAGCAAAAAAAAGCUGUAUAAAGCAUAUUUUUCAGUUCUCAUUAGAUAAUGGGUGGAAUGAACUUGAUCACGUUAGGGUCCAACUGCCCUCUAGUUUAAGACUUGAAGUGAGUUCUAGAAUACUUAGCAUAGAAAAAAAUAAUAUUCUGCUAAGAAUAUCUGUAGGUUCGGAUAUAUUACAAAAACAUACGAACCUAGUUUUACAAAAGCAUUUCAAUUAUCUUAGGGAUUGGACUAUUGAAGAAAAGGACUCAGAAAACUUCAAUAGUGAUGAGCGCAGGAAGGUUUUUGAAUGUGACCCAUCUAUUGCAGAAAAAAUUCAGCAAGAAAAUAAAAAUUUAUCUCCCACAUCUCACAGAAUAAAGGAUUCAAAAACAUACAAGGAGAGAUAUGUAAGACCAUUGCUGAAUAAAGGCAAUAUUUAUGUAGGGUCACCUUGGGAAACAGGGAAAACAUAUGUUCUUGAGCAUAUUAUUAUAUCUGAUGAUAGUCAUUUGGCUGGACAAUCAAUAGAGAAAUUAUAUAAAUUAAUCCAAGAGGCUAGGCGCAUUAUUGUGAUAGAUAAUGACCUAACUGACCUUAAUAUUGAAUGGAUUAAGGCCCUUCAAACUAUAUUAACUGAACUAUGGAACUGGAUCAAGCAGAUGUCUUUACUACCUUUUGAGAAUUGGAAAAGCGCAUCGCUCAUCUGUCAUUUCAGAAAGGAUUUACAAGAAAUUGUUCGUGCUCUUAAGACUGAUUUUCCAGAAUUACAGAUCAAAGAAUAUCAUGGCAAAUCUGAUCCAGUAGAAAAGGCUCAUGAUUUUAUUGGUAUAGAAGUUUCGAUCAUAGAAUCUGGUCCUAAAUCUGAAGAAAAUACAUUAUCGCAAGUGGUAAAAGCAAAGUGUUCUAUUGUUAAAGCGAAGGAAGUAUCAGAUAUAUCUAAUGCUACUAUUAUCAAUCAUGAGACUGCUGAAUUAUUAGAGAAUAAGCCAAAGAAAACUUUAGAAAGAGAUGCGCUCUUUAGACCAGCAUCAUAUUAUGGAUUGUUAUGA